CUUGAUAAUUUCCUCCCUCCUACUGUUUUAACUUGUAUUUUUUUUUUUACCUACUCUAGUUCUUGCACGCUGAGUAAAAGGUUAACAUUAAGCAUUACAUUUCAUAAUGGGUACUGACUACUACGAGUCGCUGGAAAUUAACAGAAAUGCAACGGACGCAUUUAUCAAAAAGGCUUAUCGACGUCUUGCAUUGAAGUUUCAUCCGGACAACAGAGAGACUGGAAGCGCCGAGAGAUUCUGUCAGCUGGGUGAAGCCUACGACGUGCUGAGCGACCCUCGAAAAAAGGCAACCUAUGACAAGUUUGGUGAGGAGGGUCUCAAAGGUGGGAUCCCACCUGAGUUUGGCAGCAAUGGGGCCUGGUCAUCUAAAUACGCUUACCAUGGGAACCCAGAUAAAACAUUCAAACAGUUCUUCGGAGGCAACAACCCAUUUUCAGACUUCUCUACACACGAUGCACCACUUCAGUUUGGUGGACUGCAACAAGUUGUGGUAAAGACACAAGACUCUCAUAUAGAGAGAGACCUUCAUCUUUCCCUGGAUGAUCUCUUUCAUGGAUGCACUAAAAAGAUUAAGAUAUCUCGUAGGGUCAUGAAUGAGGACGGAUGCACAUCCAGUAUCAAAGACAAGAUCCUGACUAUAGAUGUGGAGCCCGGAUGGAAAGAAGGCACAAGAGUAGUGUUUCAAAAAGAGGGAGAUCAGGGGCCGAACAGUAUCCCUGCUGACAUUGUACUCAUUGUGAGACAGAAGAGUCAUCCUCUGUUUGUUAGAAAACAAAAUGACCUGAUCUUCAAAAGCCAGAUCUCUCUAGAAAUGGCUUUGACUGGGUCUGUGGAAGUGGAGACACUAGAUGGCAAGCUACUCACUCUUCCCAUCAAUGACAUUGUUCACCCUGGAUACAAAAAGGUGGUGACUGGAGAGGGUAUGCCGCUGUCCCAGGAUCCUUCUCAGAGAGGAAACCUCAUCAUCACAUUUGAUGUCCAGUUUCCAGAAAAGCUCUCCGCUGAGAGGAGGCAACUGAUCAAGCAAGCUCUCACUUUUAAAUAUUGAUCACUCUCUAAAACUUUUGUUUGUAUCACAUGACACAUAAGCACCACUGUUGCACCACCAGCCUUUCAUCUGACAAUAACGGUUACAGCGUGGUUGUACAGUUGUGACUUGCUGCCAUCAUGGCCCGUUUCAGCUGCUCGUAUGUUACGAACAUCACCACGUUCCAGGAGCCUAGGCGUAAGAAAGAAGGCACAAACCUGAGGGGGGAAAAAACAAAAUGAUUGAAUAAAUCUGUUCAGCUCAGUAAAUUUAGUUUACAUGCAUUUUCUUUCAAACCCCUCCUAAACACUUUAUUUAUGUACUCAUUACUCUGUUCAGUAUUGUCCAUGCAAUCAAUGCUUACCCCUUAUAAAAAGCAAGUGGUCCCUCCUUUCUCAUCAUGGCAGAAGCACAGCUGAGGACACUGCUGUACUGGCCGAGAGCAGCAUUCAUGUAUCUCGUUUUGACCACAUCAACAGGAGAGGCAAUCACUGUUGUGCAUAACCCUGCACCAAAGGCUGAUAAGAAGUGGCAGGGCAGAUUAUCUGUAGAGGAAAGAAUAGGAAAUGAUUAUGCCAUACAGAAAAGAUAAAAGGAUACAGAAUGAGUACAUCAUGCUAAACUGCAGCCAUUGUUCACCUGUGAGGGGAGUCGACUUAAUCAGCGUAUCCUUAAUGAAAUCAUACGUCACCAGCUCGGUGCAGUUAACAAUUGCAUUUCUUGCAAUGUUUGGAGCUGUUCCUGCAGGUGAAAGGUUUAAUUAUUAGUGCAAAGAAAGAAUUAUGAAGCAAAAUUAAAGGAAAUGCUUGAAUGCCAAAGAAACUCUCUGAAGUGAAAGCUACCUUUCCACAGACCACGAACACCUUCCUCCUUUGCUAUGGUCUUGUAAGCAUUGAUAGUGCUACAGUAGCGCCUGGCAUGCCCAGGAGACCUGGCCUGAGCCUGGAAGCGAACUUUCACCACAUCUGUAGGCUGAGCCAAAGCAACAGCCAUCGUGCCAGUGGUACAUCCUGCAAGCAGCCGGCUGCCGAUACCAACGUCUAAAUCAGAAAAGGAUGGGGAGGUUAAGCCUGAUAGAUGCAGAACUCCCUUAAUCUAUUAUAUUCAGCAGUACUCACGAUCAGAGCCUCUAGUGUAGAACUGUUUUACAGAGUCGUAGAGACCAAUGCGGAUGGAGGCAAAGCUCAUCUGUCUCUGCAGCCCUGCUACCAGUCCACUGUAAAGACUCCUGGGCCCCUCUGUGCGCACCAUGGUGGUGAUGGUGCCAAACACUCCACGAUACUUCACUGCAGACUGCUUCCCUUCAGCAGCCGAAGAUCUGGACUCUCCUUGGAUCUAUGCAGAAUAAAAAGUCAUGAUAGGUUUGAGUAACACCUCAUUAGAAGCGUCGCUAUUAGCGUAAACUUUUGUUUUUGCUUGGUUUUUUUUCAG